AUGCCAGUCCAAAGUUCAUCUGAUAGUAGCAUAGGAAGUGAUGAAAAAGCCACGAUAACCGAAAAAAUAGCUGGAUACAAGACCUACGUCAUCCCAAUCUUUGUCUUAGGCAACGCGUUUUGGGGGUUUCACAUAUUCAAACGCAUAAAUAGGAUGCUAAAUCUGCGUUAUUCCAACAUUAUCUACCAAAUUCGACGACCAGAAUCGAUAAAAAACAGAUUCACGUCCUUCAAAUAUCUCAUACUUGGAGGAUCAGUCCUUCCUCUCUCAAUUAUUGGUUCAAUAUCGCUCUCUAAGAGGAACAAGGGACACUCAGACCAAUCAGUUGCUGGAAUUCUGCCUACAACCGGUGAAAAUACCAUAUCCGUUAUCGACACUACCAGACAUAAUUUGUCCAACUACAUUUUUAACGCAAACAAAAGGGUUGAAUUAUUUGCAAAUGCAUUUAAAGAUACACUUGUACCAGAGAAAAAUCUAAAGGGCAUUAAUGAGGAUCUGAAACGUGAUAUAGCUAAACUAAAAUCACGGUUUUUUUAG